GUCACCGGUCUGGAUAGUUUUCCUACCGGGAGGGUCGUUCGCCAAACACCAAACACCCCAUUUCAAUCAAUCAAUGUAAUUUGGUAAAUAAGUCGAAUCGAAAUUACGAUAAGUUACUGUAUUCUAAUUUCUGACGAUUCAAAUUUUAAAACAUAAGAUAUGUCAUUUUGCUUCAAUUUCCCACAUCCGUCUAACGGUCAGGCUGCCAACAGUGCAAAUACUGAUAUUUCUUCUGUUAAAAUAUUAAAAGAAACAUGCAAUCAUGUUCCUUGUGAAUUUAUUUUGGGGUCAGAUUUUGAUUUUAAGGUCGUCCAAGAAAUAAAUCCUAAGAAACAGAAAUUUGCUGGGAUAGAAAUCAAAUAUAUAACUCAGGACAUCAUUGCUAAGGAAAUUGACAAGUUAGAUGUAUUCAGUGAAAAAACUUCUGAUUUGAUUCCUGGAAAAUAUGAAGGUGGUUUGAAAGUUUGGGAAUGCUCUAUUGAUCUUGCUCAGUAUCUUGCAGAAAAUAGCUGCAUUCAAGAAAAUGAUUUUGUUUUGGAGUUAGGUUGCGGUAUAGGUUUACCUGGACUAGUAGCAUAUUUGUGUGGUGGACUGGUUACUUUCCAAGAUUAUAAUUCAGAAGUUUUAAAAUUGCUGACUGCUCCAAAUGUUUGUUUGAAUACAGCCAAAGAAAACCAGCUGGAUAUUUUACAGAAGUGCCAGUUUUUAUGUGGAGAUUGGCACGACAUAAAGGAAAUUUACUAUUCAGAAGAAAAAGAAAGAAAAUUAUAUGAUGUAAUUUUAACAUCUGAAACAAUUUAUGAAAGGAGUAAUCAAGGAAAACUUUUAAAUUUGAUGAAAGCUGCUCUAAAACCUGGUGGUGUUAUAUAUUUAGCAUCUAAAAUUCAUUAUUUUGGAGUUGGUGGUAAUAUAGCAGAUUUUGAAGAACUUCUCAAAGAAGAUAAAACUUUCAAUUACUCCACUGUUUUUGAAAUAAAAGAAGGAGUGGAAAGACGGAUAUUAAAAAUGACUCGCCAAACCAGCUGAAAUCAAAAUGUAUUUAAUGAAAGACACAAAAUAUUUUUUCAUUCACUUUUAUAGCUGGACAGAUUUUUUAUCUUCAAUUUCGGUUUGCAGACAUCCAUCCAUCUGACAAUCUGCCUUCAAAUAUUCAUAUUAUUUAUUUAUCAAUUCAUACUUUUGUUUAAUUUUUCUGCCAAAUAGAAAAUAA